AUGGAACUCGACCGAGAACAUUUCCGCGCCAUAAUUUAUUACAACUUUCAGAGACAAUUAUCGAAACAAGAAUGCCUUGCUGAGUUACUGUCUGUUUUCGGCAACAAAGCGCCACAUCAGUCUACAAUUUCCCGUUGGUGUGGAGAAUUCAAACGUGGACGGUUGAUCACCCAGGAAAACGUCGGUGCUGUGCGCAAACUCAUCAUUGAAGAUAGAAAUGUGACAUAUCGCGAGUUUGAGGCAAAAUUAGUUUCUCGUUGGAUACCCCACCUCUUAACUGAAGAGCAGAAAGCAGCCAGUGUUAACUGGUGUCAAAAAACGCUUGACCGUUUCAAUUCCGGAAACUCAAAAAAUGUGUACAGCAUUUCGGAUGUUUGGGUGUUCCAUGGUGAAGAAAAGCCAACAAAAGUCAUCCGUUCUCAAAGUGUUUCGAAAAAGAUGGUCGCGACAUUUCAAAGAACUGUUACUGCGGAUUGGUAUACUACCAUUUGUUUGCCAAAAUUCAUCACCGAGCUUCGAAAAAUCAACCCCGAAAGAAGAAUCAUCCUCCACCAAGACAAUGCAAACUCGCACACAGCCCAAAAAACAAGGCAGUAUUUAUCGGAAGAAAACAUGGAAUUAUUGGAUCAUCCUCCAUAUAGUCCCGAUCUAAGUCCUAGCGAUUUCUUUACUUUCCCGAAAAUUAAAAACAGACUGCGUGGUCAAAGGUUCCAGUCACCAGAAGAAGCAGUUGACGCAUUCAAAAAUGCCGUUUUGGAUCUGCCAGCAAACGAGUGGAAUAAGUGCUUCGAAAAUUGGUUCGAGCGCACGCAGAUGUGUAUUAAUCUUCGUGGAGAAUACUUCGAAAAGCAAUAAAGUCAUUUAAAACUACCUACCGUGUUGUUUUAUUUCCAUAUGCAAAACUUAAAAGACAUCCCUCGUAU